UAUAUAUAUAAAUUAAUGAACGUUCUUAUGCAUGCAGAGUGACCAAUACUUCUGCAACUUCUGGAGCUAGAACAUCACAGUUGGCGUUUAUGACACAAGCGAGAAGUGGAGAGCAUGAUGUUCGUUGCGUAAGGAGGAGUAUAUUGUUGGAAAACUUAGAAAAUGAGCUACCACUUGGCACAAUUAGAUACUCUUCCAAAGUUGUUGCAAUAGAGGAGGAUGGCUACUUUAAGCUCCUACAUUUGGCUGAUGGUUCCACACUCAAAACUAAGGUCUUGAUAGGUUGUGAUGGAGUGAACUCGGUGGUAGCAAAAUGGUUGGGCCUACAGAAACCAAGAUUCACAGGGCGUUCAGCUUCGAGAGGUUUCGCUGAAUUUCCAAAUGGCCAUGGUUUCAAACCAGAGUUCGUGCAAUACUUUGGAAAUGGCUUUCGUACGGGUUUAUUACCUUGCAACGAGAAAACGGUUUAUUGGUUUUUUACUUGGACUCCUUCGGAGCAAGAAAAGGAAGUGGAAGAAAGUCCAAUAAAAAUGAAACAAUAUAUCUUGAGUAAGUUGAAGCAUUCCAAGGUGUCUGAAGAAUACAUACAUGUC